UCAUGGCGGAUGUUCAGACAUCAUUACUCGUAUUUGUCGUUUCAUUCAUAGCUGUUUUUGUAGGUGUAUAUAUAACGGAAUUUGAUACAGAUGGAUGUGUUCCCCAAAUUGCUGCUGUGGUUGUCAGUAUUUUGAUUGUUUAUUGUUUCAGAGGAAACAGUCAGGAUAAAAAUCGCCACGUCUGUGUGCUUGUGUUGGGUGAUAUUGGACGUAGCCCUCGGAUGCAAUACCAUGCAAUCUCUCUGGGCAAGCAUGGAUACAGCGUCUCUUUCGUUGGUUUCUUUGGUACCAAACCACACGAGGACGUCAUUGCAAGUGGAAAGAUAAACAUCAUUCCAAUUUCCGAAGUCAAAGGACUUACAGUUGGUCCCAAGAUUCUAAGAUACAUCACCAAAGUGCUUGUGCAGUCCCUACAGCUUCUUUAUACACUGAUGAAAAUCAAACACUUCUCCCAUAUUCUCAUGCAGAAUCCUCCUGGAUUACCUAGCAUUGCUGUUACAUGGGUAGUGAGUAGUUUGCGUGGGGUCAAGUUUAUUAUUGACUGGCACAACUAUGGCUACACUAUAAUGGCCCUUACCCAUGGACAAAGACAUCCUAUUGUUCGGGUUGCAAAAUGGUAUGAGAAGUUCUUUGGGCGGUUUUCAAAUUAUAACCUUUGUGUCACUAAGGCCAUGAAAGAAGACCUUCUCAAAAACUGGAACAUUACGGCAACGACUCUAUAUGAUAAGCCACCAUUAAUAUUUAAAGAGACGCCGUUGGAACGUCAACAUGAGCUUUUCAUGAAGAUGGCCAAGGUUUACCCACAGUUUCAGCCAAGUGGUGAGGCCACUGAUGAAGAUGUGGAGCUGACCGCUUUUACACAACGCAGUGGAACCACUGGCACUGUCAGUCUUGUUGCCAAGAGGCCUGCUCUGCUGUUGAGCAGCACCAGCUGGACAGAGGAUGAAGAUUUCUCAAUUUUGCUAAAGGCGCUUGAGGAUUAUGAAGAAUUUGUGAAUGUGGGUGAGGGUCUCCCAGAGCUGAUUUGUGUCAUUACAGGUAAAGGCCCUCAAAAGGAAUACUAUAAAAAACUAAUUGACUCCAACAGUUUCCAACAUGUUAAGAUUUGCACUCCGUGGCUCGAGGCAGAAGAUUACCCUCGGUUGCUUGGUGCUGCCGAUCUCGGGGUUUGCCUGCACAAAUCCUCCAGUGGCCUUGAUCUUCCUAUGAAAGUAGUGGACAUGUUCGGCUGUUGCCUGCCUGUCUGUGCUAUACACUUUGAAUGUUUACAUGAAUUGGUGAAGCAUGAGGAAAAUGGACUAAUAUUCCAGGACUCUAUGGAAUUAGCCACACAGUUGAAGUUGUUGCUGUGUGACUUCCCGGUCAGCGAGGGCAAACUGGAGCUCUUCAGGAGGAACCUGAGGGCCAGCGGCCAACAGCGCUGGGAUGAGAACUGGGAUCAGACUGUUCUUCCCAUACUAAUGGCUGACAGCAGAUAAACCAACCAAAACCAACUUCAUUUCUCUGGUGGGAAAGUCCAAAUAUGUGGUUCAGUGACACACAUGCGUAGAUUAAGGCCUGAUUGAUAGUCUACAUAGCUGGAUGCAUUUGCCUGUUCAUAGCCUAUGCUAAAAGGGUUUGGCGCAUACUUGUGCAGCAAAUUAUGUCCGAUGUUUUGUAACGUGACAAGCGUGUGUGCAUGUGCCAUGUCAUGCAUUUUUGAUGGGGGCACAUUUCGAUCUGCAUUGCUUGCAUAAACUAUGAACCAGCACUGACUCAGAGUAAAUGGUACACCUCUUAAAAGAAGUGCCGUGUGGCAUUGUUUGAGUAAGUGGUACAUUUCCAACUAGAUAAGCCCUAUGAUGUCCUUUUUAUUGAAACAAUGGCACAGGGUUCUCCUUUUAGGUGCACCACUUAUUAAAUGAACUAAGCCAGGUUUGUCACUAAUCCACGUACUUGGAAUAUUGGAGAAAACCGGCGAGUUGAUGGGGAU